CUGUCUGCUAAUUGGCCGCCACAUACAAUUUCCUCGUCAGCGCCCACUGGUACUACACACUCAGAGGUCACGCCAACACUCAACGCGAGGGAGUCGGUUCUUGGCAUUGGGUGACUGCCACAGACUAGUUAACUAAAACGGUCUUCUCAAGCAGCCACGUCAAGCCUUUGAACUGGGUCAGUCAAAGUCGAGCAUGUGCUUCGUAGUGACUAAUGCGCCCGAUAGCUGGCCAUCGGUGGCAUAUUGACUGUUUCCGCUGCAACACUUGCGCUACCCUACUUGAGUCAGACGCGAAUCUGUUGCUCCUGGGGGACAGUUCCUUGGUCUGUAACAACUGUACAUACAGCUGCAGUCAUUGCGUCAAUAAGAUUGAAGAUCUGGCUAUUUUGACUGGCAAUCAGGCCUAUUGUGCACACUGUUUUACAUGCCGAAACUCUGAACGUAAGAUAGAAAAUCUUCGCUACACUCGCACAUCGCAGGGCAUUUCUGCAUGAGCUGUCAUGAGAGUCUAUUGGCACGCCGACGCAAAAAGUCUUAGGUCCCUCAAUCGGUAGCAG